AAUUCAGGUAUGCGUAUCUUAGCUUGUUCUAGCUGCUCUGCGAUGGCACCCCUUCUGGCUGGUAAAGCCUCCUUAGGGUAGACGUACUGGUGCAGGAGAUGGCACCUACACUGUGACUUACAUGCCAGAAGUGAAUGGUAAACAUGAAGUCUCUGUCGCUAUUCAGGACAAGCCGAUCAUGGGAAGCCCCUUCACUGUGCUUGUUGUCAACCGCCGAGAAUAUGCCGACGUUGGCCCGACACUUCAUCGAUUUGGACAGUAUGGCAGCAAAAAGCGCGAGUUUAAAUCCCCUUUCGGCGUGGCGGUUGACAACGAGAGCUACAUCUAUGUAGCCGAUAGCUAUAAUCACCGGAUACAAAUAUUCGGUCCACGGGGAGAAUUCGUUUCACAGUUUGGUUCUCAUGGGGAACGCAAAGGAGAGUUUAACUGCCCGACGGACGUCGCUCUGGAUAGUAAGGGAAGAAUCAUUGUCUGUGAUAAUGGCAACAAUAGAAUCCAGGUCCUUAGUCGGAAUGGCGCAUUUAUCGGAAAAUUUGGCCGUGAGGGUACGGGAAACGGUUACUUUAAAUCCCCCUGGGGGGUUGCGACCUCCCGAAAGAAUGAUAUCCUAGUUGCUGACAUGGAGAAUCACCGGGUGCAAGUUUUCUCUUCCGACGGGAAAUUCUUAACAAAAAUUGGCUGUUUUGGCGAUCGUGCCGGGCAGUUUAACUCUCCGUGUUACCUCCUUGUCAAUCCGGAAGAUGACCAUAUAUUCGUUUCUGACUCCAAAAAUCAUCGCAUCCAAGAGUUCGACAAAAAUGGGAAGGUUCUCCGCCAAAUUGGAUCCCAAGGAACUGGAGAGGGGCAGUUUUCACAUCCCCGUGGGUUAGCCAUCGAUAUCGCCGGUAAUCUCGUGAUAGCUGACAUGGGAAAUCAUCGUUUGCAGAUAUUGGCUGCUAACGGUAAGUUUGUAAAGGAGGCUGGCUCCGAGGGUAGCGGAGACGGACAGUUGUCUUUUCCAGAGAGCGUUGCGAUAAUGCCAAAUAGCGGAUACAUUGUUGUGUCAGAUCUUAGCAAUAACCGCAUUCAAGUGUUUUAAACGAGAAACUUCAUAUUAACGUAAUAAACUCUAAGCUGUGCGGAGAAUGGCUCGUAUAUUCAACUUUACGGCUUAACUGUAAGGGAACGUUAUUGUUUUUUUUCCCAAGCAAAACAUAAGGUGCUACCAACGCUUCCUUCCUAUUAGAUGAAAAUCGGGAAAUGAUUAGAUUCAUCGUUUCCCUUUUUGCUGUGACCAUAUAUGAUGUGAUGUGAUUCUACGCGGUAAACGUUCAAGAAUAGAUUCAAGAAUGAAUCAUUUCACAAUUGAAAAAAACAAAAAGAAAAUAAAACAAAUCGGUUUAAAAAAUGUGUAAAGAAAUGAACCUUAAAACUAUAAGUAAGUUAAAAGUGAUCCUUUUGUGUAUAUGAUAUAUGUUAUUUAUAAUGAAUACAAAGCGCUUUCGAUUGAGUGUCACAAUACAAAACCAAAGUAAUCUUAAGCAGCAAAUGAGAAGUCAGAGCAAAACCAGGCAAAAGGGAAAUUCGAGUAACCAAAUUGCGAUAAUUAUUACAAGUGUUGUAUGAGAUUGGCUGCGAAGUUAUCUAAUGAGAAGUUGGUUAAUAAGUUAUUAAAUAAAAAUAUGGGUAAAUUAAUAGAUAUAUGUAAUUUUAACUGCUUCUCUGAUCUUCAUAUCUAUUUACGUGUCGUUCGAUUUCUUUUUGGUAUGGUUAACUGAGUUCAAUACUUACUAUUAUACGAAUAUCUCAUUGUUGUUUAUUAAAAGUUUUAUUGCAAGUAAUGUGUCGUUACUAAAUUAAAUUCUGUGUUCCAAAAAUUUUAUUACAAAAUGUUGUAAAAAAAAAAAAUAAAUAAAUAAAAAAAGUUAGUGUACAAUUAAAAUUUAGCACAUUUAGAUGACACUUCAUAUAGAAAGUGAAAUUAACAUCAUCUUGAUAGUCUGACCGAACAAUAUCAUCAAUAUUAUACUCACAUUUUGUAUGCAGAGUUUAUUUUGUUAAGACUAUUUACAUGACAGUUAAGUUAAGUAAAAUAUAUUUAAAAUUCCAGAUGUGAAUUGAAUCACCUAAAUUGUAGUUAAUGACAAAUAAUUUGGGUUGUCUGGCACCAAACUUGUAAUUAUGAUCUCUAUCAGUAAGGUGAAUUGCCAAUCUUUCUAGUAUAGACAAGACAUAUACUGAUCAGGUGUAACCCAGCAAGUAUGUAUACUCUAUAUGAGCUAAUAAAUGUAGAGGAUCAAUAAAGACAUCACUUCCAACGAAAAA